AUGAGUGAUUCUCGGCAGUCUUUUUUGCAAUGGAAGAAUAACUUCCUCAAUAAUUAUAUUGAGUUUGUGAAAAACGACAGCAACAUUAACAAUCUAAUCUCUUUGUUCCAGGAGAUUAAAGACAGUGGAAAGAUUCGUGAUUCCUUCGGCAAAGACACCAAAACUUUCAUCGAGACAUUCAUCUUCCCACUUAUUAACAUAAUUUUGAACACUCGCUAUGAACAAUACACCAAUUUUCCUCAAAUCAUUAAUUUACUUGAGUCUAUUUCGAAUUUUUACGCAUUUCUAUUCAAAUCGAGCUAUGACAAGUUUCUUACUGACGCUUUAGUAUUGUAUACUUAUACACAAGCGCCUGUUUAUACGACAUCUAACACUACUGGUCAAAAUUACUCAGAAUUGUAUGCAAGAGUACUCAAACCAAUAUCAGUUCCAGAGUUUUGCGAAGUGAUCAAAGUAGUCAUUGCUCAAAACGUCACAUAUGAAAAAAUUAACUUAAUUUUAAACAUUGAGAACCUUCUAAAGACAACUGGUAUUUACCAUGUUUACAUUAACGAAGUCCUCAAGUAUUUAUUACCAGCACUGAUCACAAAAACAGGAAAUUCCCAGAAUAUUCUUCUUGAUACCCCAGAUUUCAGAAUUAUCGAUGAGAUCUACACAAAACUUUGCGAUUUUGCUACAGAAGAUGACCAGAAAGGCCAGAUCCUCCUUUCUUGCGUUAACAUCAACGUAUUAUUCAUCAAAUCUACAAAUCCUGAAGAACAAUUACGUGGUUUCAACAUGAUCAUGCGCGUAACAAAGCAAAUUUCGCAAAACAACAUACAAUACGUAUCAGAUUCCGUUGACAGAACUGGAGUUAUUGGAGAAUUGUGCGCAAACUGCCAUCCAGACGUAAUUGUCACCUUUGCCCAGUUCAUUGAGAUGAUUGCUCCUGUUUACCGCAUUCCAAUUGAGAAAUGCAACAAGCUUUGGGCACAAACAGUCAAUGCUCCGUUAAAUGUGAUGUUCAAGUACGUCCAAGCAUGGAAAAUCAUAGUUAACAUUUACCAGCAAUCGAUCAGAAACUACUUAUUCGAUGCUAUUUCCAAUGGAAAGAAAUAUCCGUAUCCUAUCAUCAACUUUUUGAUCAAAAUCUCAGCGACAGCAACUGAGAACAACAAGAAGACUUUAUUUGAUGAUAUAUUGGCCGCAUCUUUCUCAUGUUUGCCCGAACAAGAAGAAAUUUAUUUCCAAUUAGUCGUUGCUUAUCUUCCAAAGGACCAAGAGAUGAGGAGAGGUGUUCAGAGACAAGUGGCCGACCAAAUAAAGCAAACAAAGAACGUAGACCUCGGAAUGAGGAUAUUAACCGAAUUACUUGGCAGCGCUAACGAUGAAGUUCUUCAUGCCAUCAUAUCAUCAGUCAUUCCAUUCCUGCAAGUCAAACACCUUCCUUUCUUCUCAAGAAUUCUUAACGCUUUGAAAGGAAAAGUUACAGAUGAAGAAUUUACACAAUUUUCAGAUGUUAUGGAAAUCAUUGCCAAAUCAGACAUGUACAAUUUAGAGCAGUUCUUCAUGUCCUUCAAUGCCACAACAUCCAAUCCUUUCCAAUCUCUCCACAAAGUUUCAAUUAUCAGAUCACUUUGUAAUUUCGGCCAUAGAUUGCCAAAUACUAACUUAGUUCACCAGUUAUACAGUGGACUCCUCAUAAAUGACAGGCCUAUGUUCUUAGAUAUCAUCUGGGAAUCGUAUUUCAAAUCUAAUUCACCAUCAUUUAUGAAAUACUUGGUUGAUCUGCACAGCGAAGCACCAGAAUCCAUCCAAGGCUUUGUAGAAAAAUGUUUCACAAACAUAGAAAACGUUGCCAGCCUCAAUAUCCUUCUUAAACUGAUCCACGAAGUAGAAGAUGGAGUUGACAGAAAGGCAAUGAAAUACAUUCCUUUGAAUGAAUAUUUGCCAGAUGAUGAAAUGAGUUUUGUUGACUUGAUUUUGUCAGAAAACACAUAUCGAAUCAUUGUUCCAAUCUCACUCAGCUUGUAUGCAUUUAAACUGAGAGUUUCAAGCUUAGUUCAGUUAAAUCCUUAUUCAUUUACUUUGAUUUCACAGAAAGGAAAUGCUUCAGUCGAAAACUUUUCAUUGAAAGAAGACAAAAUUUUCGAAAUCAAAGUUUACAAUGUCAUGGAUUACAAACCUUUCAUUCCGAAGUAUUUCCCAUCACAAAUCAUAAACCAGGAGAAAUAUACCUCACAAUUAUAUAACGUUCUUUGUAAAGACGAUAACGAACAAUCUCCUGUUUCAUUGAAAAUUUUGAAUUUAUUGCCAACAUUAGAGAGCCAAAACAAUUUACUGAGGAAUGCAAAUACUCCUCAAUCAUGGGCAAGUUUCUUCUCAUCUAAAAUCAGGAACUUGAUGAUCUACCGAUUGAACACAAUUGGUUCAAUCAUCAGUGGAAACCAUGAAGAAUGGAUUGAUUAUUUCUUUAAGACAGGCGGUGUCCAAGUUCUACUUGGAAUUGUCAUUUUCAUGUCAAAGAAAUUGUUUUCUAAUGAUGAAAUCGGUUUAUCACAAUUCAGUUAUUUACUUAAUGUCGUUAAACUCAUUGUCAACACAAAGAAAUGGGAAGACUACAAGAAAGAAAUGUGGUCAGCAUUUGACAACAACGCAUUGUCAAAUUUGAUUCAAAUCUGUUUGUCAAAUCUUACAAAUGAUAAAAUCAUUUCACCAUUGAUGACAAUUGUGAGAAACUUUGAUAUCGAACAGAUGAAACAGAUCCAGUCAUUCAUAGAUCUCUUUAAUUCUACUAUUUUCCAUCCUAAUAAAACGGUCAGAAAUGAGAUUUCGAAUUUGAUUUCUACAUUGCCUCCACCGACACAAGCGAGAUUGUUGAUGCCACUUCUUUCAUUCACAGUCAACAAGCCAUCAGACGCUUUCUUCGAGCGAUUGACACCAAUCACCGAAGUUGUUGAGAAUCCACAGCCAUUGUGGGAUCCAUGUAUUUCCAUUUUGAAGGAAUACUACCAGUCAACAAUACAAGACAGAAGAAAUGUUAAACCAGAAUUUGCACAAAGAGUUUUCGUGAUUUUGGACAAACUUUCAAAUAAAUUUGAAAAAGUUCCAAAUGCGAAUGAAUUGUUUACAUUUUUAGUUGAUUCUGUUUUAUUCAACGGUUUUAAUUUCUAUGAACCAUCUAGUGAAGUUAUUUCAUUGAUUAUCAAACUUUUCAGGCAGAACAACGAAUUGAUUGUAACAAUCUCAAACAAAAUCGAAGAAAUCGAGAAGAUUGUCAUGGAAAUUCCAAAAGAAAAACCAUUCAUGAAACCAACAACUACACCAGAGAAUUGUUACAUUGUUAAUGUCAAUAACAGAUGUGAUUUCCUUUCUUCUAUUCUCCAAUUACUGAAAAACAUUCCACAGUUUGUCAACUUGUUUUUGUCAAGAGAAUACACUGAUAAAGCUCUUAAAGAUUUGCAAUUAAUUUUGGGACAAUUGUCAUUCACUCCUCUCCAGUUUGUUAAUCCAAUUCAGUUCUGUUUGGACUGGAAAAGUGACGACGGUUUUGACAUUUUAAGUGGCUCAUUAAAUGAUGCUCCAGAAUUCUACAGACGAUUAGUUCGAAGUAUUUUAUCAGUUGAUGUUGGAUUGACACCCGUCUUAAGAGGCGAAAUCAGAAGGAAAUUGUCAUGCGAAGAAGAAACAGAAUUUACAGAUAGAUUCUAUUCUUUACUUCCUGUUUCAAUUUCAAACACAGAUGACAUGGAAAUUGCAAUCAAGAAUUACUUGUCAGAAAAAACCGUUUCUACUGACAAAUUUGGUGGCAAUGUCAAACCAGCAAUUCAAGUUGACAAAAUCUCUAAACCAUCUAAAUUGUUAGUUGUCCAACUGCAGAGAUUCACAAAGAACGACCAAGGAUUUAAAGAGAAAAACAACAAAGAAGUUAAAUUCCCUCUUAAAAUCGACAUUUCCAAAUACAUGGAAGGAAAUAAUUCUAAUAAUAAUAAUUCAGUAGAUUUAUUAGGAUUAUCAAAUAAUUCUAAUAACUCAGUUGAUUUGUUAGGCUUAGGAAAUAGUAAUUCUAAUAGUGACACUGUUUAUGAGUUACGAGGUGUUUUGGCACAUAAAGGAUAUCAAUUCGAAGGACACUAUAUUUCAUAUGUUAAGAAAUACGAAGACAACAAAUGGUACAUCUAUGAUGAUUCCAAUGUUUUCGAGAUCAGUGAAGAACGAAUGAUCAAAGACUGUACAGGCGGAAAUGACAUCUGCAAUGGUUAUGGAAAUCUUACACAUGUUGUUAAUUACUUCCCAUGUCAGAAAGAAAUCUCAGGAUACAUGUUCUUCUACUCACAAGUUAACUGGCAAAAUGAAAAUCUUUCUAUGUCAGAGACAGUCAAAAACGAACUCAUCAAAUCAACAAAAGAAAACAUAUAUAAAGAUAUAUGUUCAUCAAGUGAAUAUUCUAGAUUGAUUUUGAGUUGUUCAGAUGUUGAUAUUGAUGGCAAAUUCCUUUACAAAUCUAUCGAAUCUCUUUGUAACAACGAGAAUGUCACUGAAUCAAAGAUUUCUCCAUUGAUUGAUCGCUUCGUUCAGUUGAUUUAUUCACGUCCAGAAUUAGCAAACUCUAUUAUUGAAAACGUCGACCAAAUCGACAAAUACGUCUUGAAUGGCAUCACAGCCGUUGCAAGGAAAUCAUUUGCAACAAUCUUCAUUCAGAGUCUUGAACGAUCAUCACCUGAGAAAAGAAAACAUUUCGAACAAAAUAUUUUACAACGAAUUCCUAAUUUGUCUCCAUAUUUCAAAGUAUUCGACGAUUUCUGGCGAAUCAUUUCUAAAAUUGUUUCAAUUGAUUUCGAUAUUGGUGAAAACAUCUUCAAGACAAUAUUAGAUUUUGUUUGUCUUACAUUGCCUUCAUUCGCAACAAACUACAGUCGUGAAUCUGUUAUUUCUAUUGUCAAUGUUGAUACUAUUUUUGAAAUUCUUUCAUCGAUCAACAUUUCAAACGAAAAUAAGCAGUCAUUUUCACACGAAGUUAUCAACAAACAGUUCAUUGACAUUUACAUCAAACCACGAAAUCACUCUAAGUCAUUUUGCAAAUUCAUUUCUUCAUUCAUCGGCAGUGACAAGAACCUUGCAAUUCUUUUGACAAAUGUCUUCUAUUCCGACAUGAACAUCACCGCAUUGACAUGCUCAAGUUACUUAGUUUUAUCACUUUUCAUUGAUAAAAGCAUCUCUAAAUCAUUUUGUUCAUCUAUUGUUUCGGCCAUUGAACUUAAAGGCAGCAACAGCAAAAUAGAGAUCAUUUCAGAAAUUAUCGAACGAAUCAGAUAUUACAAAGAAGAUUUUAGUGAUUCAUUCAUCAAUCUUUCACAAAUGAUCCUUCAAACAUUCAUCAUGUGCAAAUCAGAAAACGUUCGAAGUCUAGUUGAAAGUCUUUUGGGCACAGUUUUCCCAUUCAUUUUCAGCAAAGACGAACUUAGUGAUUUGGAACGACAGCACUUGACCGAUCUGUUUUUGUCUCUCCACUCUAUGUUACCCGACAUCACAACAACAUUCAGGAAACUUCGUGAGAGCUAUUACUACCGCGAGAUCAAGCGCGAACAGUUUAAUUCAUACUCACCAUGUGUUCAUUACUUCAACUUGAUCAAACUUAUUGUUGUUCGUGGUCAUAUGAACACUGCUAUGUUUGAAUGCGGUAACUCAUUCAUCGACACAUUGAGUGUUAUCACACAAGAGCGUAUUGUUCCUAACUAUUCAUUGGAGAGCGAAUUCGACUUGUUACAAUCUAGUAUUGUUGAUGGUACCGAAUUUUUCUCUAAAAACUCAUUCACAAAAUUCAUCCGAUGCUUCCCAAUUGUUAAAGGACAUUUCAAUGAUCAACAGAUCCUUCAAUUACUUCGGAUUGUCCCAAACACAACACGUGGUACCGAAAAGAUCGCUAAUUCAGAUUGUUUCAAGUCCAUCUGCAAAGAUUUCAUGUCUAAUGAGGUCCGCACAUUUGUUGAGCAACGUUUAACAGUUGAUAACGCUAAAUUAUUUGCUAAAGGUAUGUGGAACAUCGAUGUUAUUGAGUCGCAGAUCAAGCGAAAGAAUGCUGACUAUUUCAUCUUGAGCUGGGAACUCUUAAGUAAAGAUCCAAACACAUCAUCUAUUUUCUACUCUAAAGAAAACAUCUGUUCAUUCUACUCGGGUGUUAACAAAGUUGAUAAUCCUAACAUGCGUCCUGUUAUGAAACUUUUUGCCGCAUUUAACCAUGCAUAUUAUCAAGUCAACAAAGGCAAGAAGCGUCUUGGUUUUGACAAAGUCAACAUUGUUCUUGACUGCUAUUUUAAGACAGCAAAAGUUAACACUAAACAGUUGAUCAAUUGUAUGCAAAUCUAUUAUCCCGAUAAUUUUGCAUCGGGUGGUAUCCCAGAUUUCUUACGAUCUCUUUGCAUUAUGUCUAAUGAUAUCCGUAACCAUAUCUUCAACGAAGUUAUUGGUCUUGAUAAACCAUUGUUUGAUGUCUACAUCCCCGACGAAUGCAUUUUCAUUGCACGCUUUUUAGUUGAACUUUGUUCUCCAGAAUACGGUAAUUCAGGUCCAAGUCAAGUUCUUCUUGCCCGCGAACUCGGUUCACUUGCAAAAGUUCAGUAUCCAGUUGGUGAAGCACUUGAGAUCAUGGCUCAGCGAUACUGGCGUACCGAAACCGACACCGGUGAAGGCAAUGACGACAUGAUCAAAUUCGCAUGUGACAUGUUAGUUCGUAAUUGUUCAUGCGUUGAAAGUAUCAGUGGGACAUGCCGCAUUCUUGAAGUCAAAUACUCAAAAUCUCUUGGUGAAGAUAAAGUUAAAACAUGGCUUGACAAAGUUUAUAAACAAGCAUCUAUUUGUAUUGCACGUGCAUUAGUUGUUGAUUCUAACUCACCCGACAUCUCUAUGUUUUACGCAUGCAUUGAUUUUUCAACUGAACUUCACGAUAAACUUCCCGACAUCGAACUUCCUAAGCUUGCCGUUGAUCGAAAUGAGAUUCUUUAUUCUAAAGCAAACUCUAAGAACGAAGACAAACUUACAUUCCUUGACCGCGUUAUCCAAAUUAUUGGAAUCUAA